AUGGAGAUAUUGUCACAACUUUGGUCACUCUUAGGCCUUCUCACUGUUCUUCAAAACAUCUUACCUACACAACUCCUCUCCCUUCUUCACUCCCUCUAUGAGUCCCUCCAAGACCUCAUUUCCCCAUAUUCAUACUUUGACAUCCCUGAAUUUAAUGGCUACUGUGGUGUUGACGUCAAUGACCUCUACCGCCAUGUCAACCUCUAUCUUAACUCUGUCAACUCCUCUGCCACUGCCUCCACCUGCCGACGCUUCUCCCUCUCCCGGUCCAAGUCAUCCAACUGCAUUUCCUUCACUAUAGCUCCCAAUCAUACCAUCCACGACUCCUUCAAUGGCCAUUCUCUUUCUUGGACACACCAUGUUGACACUGUCCAGGACUCAUUAGAAGAGAAACGUAGUUUCAGUCUCAAGCUUCCAAAGCGACACCAGCACAUGCUGCUGUCGCCUUAUCUCCACCACGUGACAUCACGUGCUGAAGAGUUCGAGCGAGUGUCAAGAGAGAGGAGGCUGUUUACUAACAAUGGCAAUGCUUCAUAUGAGUCAGGCUGGGUCUCGGUUCCUUUUCGUCAUCCAUCCACCUUCGAAACGCUGGCUCUGGAGCCUCAAUUGAAGAAGCAGAUGAUGGAGGAUUUGAAAGCAUUUGCUAGUGGCAGAGAGUUUUAUCACAGAGUUGGACGGGCAUGGAAGAGGGGUUACUUGCUUUAUGGUCCUCCAGGGUCAGGCAAGUCAAGUCUAAUAGCUGCAAUGGCAAAUUAUUUGUGCUAUGAUGUUUAUGAUCUUGAACUCACCAAAGUCACAGAUAACUCAGAGCUCAGAGCUCUACUUAUCCAAACUAGCAAUCGAUCUAUCAUUGUGAUUGAGGACAUAGAUUGUUCCCUUGAUCUGACUGCUGAUAGAAUGCUAAAGGGCACUACUGCUACAGCUACAAGAAGGAAAAGAUCAUCAUCAUCAGGUUAUAAUAAGGACCUGGGUGCAGGCAAUGAUCAGUUAUUAGAGGAGAAUGGGCGUGUUACCUUAUCAGGUCUCCUCAACUUCACGGAUGGAUUAUGGUCAUGUUGUGGGGAGGAGAGAAUAAUAGUGUUCACAACCAAUCAUAGAGAAAAUGUGGAUCCUGCAUUGGUUAGAUGUGGCCGGAUGGACGUUCAUGUUAGCUUAGGCACUUGUGGGAUGCAUGCGUUCAAGUCAUUGGCCAUGAACUAUCUUGGGAUAGAGUGGCAUUCUUUGUUUGAUGUGGUAGAGAGCUGUAUACGGUCAGGUGGUGCACUCACUCCUGCUCAGAUAGGAGAGAUAUUGCUGCGGAAUAGAGGGAACAACGCUGAUUUAGCAAUGAAAGAUGUGGUGUCUGCAAUGCAAGCCAGAAUUUUGAGUAGUGGCGGCACUGAACAUCUAAAUACUAGUAUAGAGUAUGAAGAUACGGUGGCCUUGACAAGGUCACCACAGAGUGUGUUAACGGUGGGGUCACCGGAGAAUUGGGACUCAUCUCCGGGGAAGAUUAACGGGAAGAAGAGGAAGGCAAAGUUUCUCGUUAGAUUAAGAUCUUUAACCAAGUCUGACUCUGGUAGAAGGGGUGUGUGA